AGAAAGGAAGAAGAUGGGAGCGAGGCUGUCAGCUGGAUCAAGCGCCGACGCUCAAGAGUCGACCGAUCGAGGCAGCGACAUCGACAGGAAGAAGAUCUCAACUGGAUCAAGCGCCGACGGUCAAGAAUCCACCGAUCGAGGCAGCGACGUCGACAAGUCAACUGGAUCAAGCGCCAACUCUCAAGAAUCGACCGAUCGAGACAGCGGCAUCGAAAUAUCGUCACGAUGGAGCCGUUAUCGAACGUGUUGCGGGAUAUUUCGGCUCUUCUUCGCUUGCGGAGCUCCUACGAAUGACGAUCCUUCUCUAUCUUCGUCGACAUCUUCGUCGACAUCCAAUGAGGAAACCGGUAUCUCGCUAUCGUCUUGCUCGUGUUUGAUCCUAGUUCUUCUUGCUAUACGUUUGUCCAAGUUGCUGGAGCCGAGCACAAGGAUUGCAAGCAAACCACUGGUAAGCGCAUCCUUUGCGAAAAGAUCUCUACGUCGGGUUUCAAAGAAGAAGACCUCUUCUUUUGCCGCUCGGGAGCUUCAUCGCUUGGGCUUCUUCUUCGACUCGGAUCUUCGGCUCAGGGAUAGCCUCUCAGAAAGGCUUACCCUGGAAAAGUUUAACAAGGAAGCUGGCUACAAGAAACUCGUCGAUGCGGUCGCGGAUUACAUUCAAAUGCUCAUGGUCGAGACUUAUGGUAUGACGCGGGAAACAUUCACUCUGAAAAGGACUUUAGCUUUGGCUUAUGGUGGGGUGGUCCAGAAAAUGGAAAGCACGGUGUUCCUGUCACCUAAUGCUAAGACAGCACGGGCGCUGGUUAUCCUUUUGUGUGGGCGUGGAGAAUUGAAUGCUGGCCAGUGGUCGAGGAGCCUCUGUCUCACGGACUCUCUUCGUACAGGCAGCGUUUUGCCAUUUCUGGAGUGGGCUCAUGAGCUUGAUAUUGCGGUGCUUGUCCUGAACCCAAACGAGGUGAUGCUUAAUGGAAAAAAGCAACAAGCAAGCUUUGAAGCUCUUCUUGACCACGUUUUGUGUGCCUGGGACCUUGUGUCUGCGACUUUCCCUGACAAAAUGCUGGCGUUGGUUGCGCACGCCUAUGGGGGAACACUCGCUAUCGAGCUUCUAAAGCACCGAGGAUGGGGAGCACUCCAGCGACUGAGAUGCAUUGGAUUCUGUGAUGCACAAAUUCCAGAUGGUUCAUUACGAGUGCUUUCGUACGAUCAACUCAAGUUUCUUGAAGGCAAUGCCGUCAACUGGGUUUCAAGCCAAGAACCACUCGACAAAAGACUGUGUGGUGUUUCUUCUCCGGACCUCUUCGGCACCAUAAAGAAGAACCCGAUGGAGCAUCUAUCGUCGGGAACAACGAAGGGAGAUGGAGUCGUAAUGUCCGCCUUCGAUUCGCUUUGCAACUUCAUCCUGUCGAAACUAGAUGUGCCAGACGAUGCUGACCGUGAAGGUAGAGAUGAACAAUCAGAAUCUUCGGCGCAAGGAGUGUAAGUCUCAUGGAGCUUGUAGCUAUAUACUGAUUCGACAUUUUGGUGGUCAACUGGAUAUAUAAUUCGAUAUUGCGAUAUUUCGUCGUGCCCAUUCGUAUCUACGGUGAUUUGCUACUAGAGCUUCACUGGAUUAUGAAAAUAUGUUUUCGUAGAUCUUAGCACUAGACUGUUCUAUCUGAAAAGUAAGUAUACUUCUGACCGUUUGGUCGAGUUCUCAGACCGUGAGCGAGGCCUCGUGGCUUGCUGAACUUGUCAAACAUGUUUAUGUCAACCUUCUGCCUCGAGAGGACAGUAAUGUCUCAGCCUGCUGGUCAAUUUAAACGGGAAGGCGUCGUCUUCUCGCGCCUAGAUGCGCACACGCUAGAAUGCUCACAACCUUGGGGUCUUUGGCACAUCUUGGCGUCUUAUACUGUCCGUAGCUCGCUCCGCCAUUCUGUACCACAUGGUCCAUUAUUCUGUCAAAAGUUCCCUGCCGGACAAGCUUGAUCUCUAAUGGGCCUACGCUUCCUUCUCUUCGGUUUCGGCGAUACACCACGCUAAGCGAUUCUUCAAGCUCGAAGCAGCACACGUCAAGCUCGGGAAUCAGAGGAUCUGGGAAGGCCUCCCAGUAGAUGACAUAGUGACCGGGCUGGGACGACAAGUCGACUCGACUGGUGUAGUCCACCAGCCGAAUUUCGCUGUGCUCCUGAUGACGAUUCCAGGCUUGCGUCACUGCCUUAUGUAGCUCAAGCUCGUCAGUCUUGUCCAUGUCAACGCUCAGAAGCACACCGGCCCUCCGGACAAAAGCGAAUUGAGGAGCAUCAUUGUGGAACUUGACGACCUUGAGAAUAUCGCCGACCCUGUACCGAUAUAAACCGGCCUUGGUGGUUGUCGCAGGAAACGAAGCUCCGUUCUUCCCGCCCUUGGUCUUCGUCAGGGGCCGAUAGUCGGUUUUCCAAGGGAAGGAACUCAAAGUAUGCAAAGCACGGGAACAACGUGUACAGAACUUCAGAUGCUGGACAUACUGGAUCCAGGUUGACACCCAGGCUGCUGCACUCCGAAGACGCAUACAGGGACGAAGCAAUCGGAAGACCGUCGGUCAGCAUGUCGAUUAUGGAAACGUAUUGCUGCAUGGUGCCGGUUAUUAUCGUCUGGACAAGUCUAGCCUCGGGCCACAGGCGUCUCACUAUCCCUCUCCAGUUCCCGCCACAGCAUUCCUUUCGUAUGGCAUCAGCAAGCUCGAUAUCCGGCCGGAGGAUGGCAUUGACAGCGUUUCUGACCGGAACGCUUGUGACAAUCCUGCUAUUCACCGCUCCCUCGGCGAUGUCCUGGCAGAUAUCUUUCCACUGGCACUUCAGAGAUUUCAAGCUCCUUACGAACGUUGAUGCGAAGACCGAGCCGAUCGAUACAACUUGGUGCCUUUGAACGAGGCCGCAGAGAAGAUGGCAGUAAUUAGCCUGGGUGUAGUCAACGCACUGGAGAACUUGGUCGGGGGAGGUGUAGCUCGUCGCCGGAUCAAUCUUUCGGUUACGAAAAGCCGGGCUGGUGAAGUAGCCACUGAGGCCGGAGGAGAGCUUCACACCGCCGGGGGUCACUUCGGGAUUCCUCACGUAGAUGAAGUGGAGGGACUUGCCAGUGUUGAAGGGACCUUGCCUGGAAUGCCGUCGGUCAGGACAGGAUGAAAAUCGGGCCUCUCUCUGGACGGAACGAACUUACUUGUUCAAGGCAGCACGGGCAACUCUGUUGAGGACGAGGAACUCGGGGUCGUAGUCACUGAGCUUUGGAAACAGCUUUUGGCGUCCUCCAGAGGUACCGGAGCUGUGAUCAAACGAGCUUUCAUCAAGUUAAGAGAGUCGCGAGCUGGGAACUACCUCUUGAGAACUUCUCGCACUGGACGAGCGCACAGGAUCUUGGCAUGGCCAUCCUCGUCGCCGCUGGCUAUCCUCGCGACGUCGAGCUCGAUGUCCUGGUACGAGAUGAGCGGCAGCCGCGAGUGGAAGUCCUCGGCGCUGGGAACUCCAAAGAGGCCGUGCCUGUGGAAGUAGGCAACGUCGGCAUUGUCCGCCAGGAUUUGCUGGAGGAGCUCCGACUGGAUGCUCGCGACGUCGCUGGUGAUGGCCUCCACGAAACGGAGAACUUGCUCGUCCGUGUCCAAGGCGGAGAGAAUGCGGUGCGCGCUUCCCAGUCGCGGGGGAUCCAUGUCGUCUUGAUUAUAUCGAUCGUGCGGGGGAUUUUAAAGGAGGAGAACUUCCAAGUGUGUGUGAGGGGGUUGGUCGAAUGGUCGUCUUCGUUGAUCAGCGAAGCUGGGAGGAAGUUUUGCUCGCCAAAACUUCUCUAGCGUAUAAGUGUGUGUCAUGUAAGUGUCUUGAGACACACCUAGCCUAGCUUCUAACUUCCGCGUGCUUUGUAGGA